UUUCCCCUGCCCCGCUGGUCCCGCGGUCCCACUACACCAGGUAGCCCCCAGCCCCGCCCUCUUGCCAGUCUCUGGUGUCCCACCCACACCAGCUUUGUGACCCGGGUGCCGGGCCGCUUCCUGGUCAGCCGUGCUCUGGAGAAAGGAGCGGCCAGCGAGGUGCGGCCGCUCGCUGCCCCGGGCAGGGGCACAGCUUGAGCCAGUGAAUACCGGACAGAUCCAACAGUUGCAACCAAGGCAAUGGCUUACUACCUCAACUCAGAAACCCACCUGGACCCAGGACCCAUCUACGUUCGAGAAAAUGGGCAGCUACAUAUGGUCAAUCUGGCUCUGGAUGGUGUCAGGAACAACCUACAGAAGCCCCGGCCUUUCAGACUAUUUCCAAAAGGCUUUUCUGUGGAGCUGUGCAUGAACAGGGAAGACGACACUGCCCAGAAAGAGAAGACUGAUCACUUCAUCUUCACAUACACGCGCGAGGGGAAUCUGCGGUACUCUGCCAAAUCCCUCUUUAGCCUCGUUCUAGGAUUCAUAUCUGACAAUGUUGAUCACAUUGAUUCCCUCAUUGGCUUUCCUGAGCAGAUUGCUGAAAAGCUGUUUUCUGCUGCUGAAGCCAGACAGAAAUUCACAGAGCCAGGUGCAGGGCUGAGGGCUUUACAGAAAUUCACUGAGGCCUAUGGAAGUCUGGUGCUUUGCUCACUGUGCUUGCGAAACAGGUAUCUGGUGAUUUCAGAAAAACUUGAGGAAAUUAAGUCUUUCCGGGAGCUGACCUGCCUGGAUCUUUCCUGUUGCAAGCUUGGAGACGAACAUGAACUUCUAGAGCAUCUCACCAAUGAGGCCCUGUCCAGUGUAACUCAGCUCCACCUGAAGGAUAAUUGCUUAUCAGAUGCUGGCGUGAGGAAAAUGACAGCCCCAGUGAGAGUGAUGAAAAAAGGCCUGGAGAACCUAGCACUGUUAGACCUAUCCUGUAACCCUGAGAUCACAGAUGCUGGAAUUGGAUACUUAUUUUCUUUUAGAAAACUAAACUGCUUAGAUAUCUCUGGGACAGGACUAAAGGAUGUCAAAGCCAUCAAGGACAAGCUCCAGGCAUACAUAGGCCUUGUUCACUCCAAAGUGCCUUUGAAGGAAUUUGAUCACAGUAACUGCAAAACAGAGGGCUGGGCUGACCAGAUCGUUUUGCAGUGGGAGCGAGUGACUGUGGAAGCUGUGCGGCAACGGAAAGAUGCGGGGUCUCGGAAAGCAGCUCAGUACUUCUAUCAGAAGCAAGCUCUCACAGAAGCCUCAAGGAAAUGUCCCCUGGCAGAUACCCACAUGAACUCUUCUGGAAAACUCCAGUUCUAUAGAGAAAAAGCUCCAGACUGCCACGGGCCACUGUUGAAGCAUGAUGCUGCCUUGAGCCAGGAGUCAAAGAAGUGCAAGAAGAGAGCUUUCGAGGGUUCUGAGCUGGAGCAGAACAGCUCUUCGCAGUCUUCCAAGCAGAAGUACGUGUGUCUGGCUAUGGAAGACUGGGACUUGCUAAAUUCCUACUGACAGACACAAGUUUGACCUUUCUCCCUUCACCUCUAGUGUGUGAGGGCAGGAGACUGAUGAUAAUUUUCUUUUGGUUUGAAUUUACCUAUGGCAUUAGCAUAGCAAGCAGAUAUUUCUACUUUUGCGGUGGGGGAGGGGAAUGUUACUGAAGUCUGUAAUAAUCUCUAAUGUAUAUUUUCAAUACAUAGUAAUUUUUUCAAAUAAACGAGUUCUGCUUCUGGACUGCA